AUCUUACUAUGUCUUUGUUUCUGGUUAUUUCUGGUUAAACAAACCCUCAUUCAUGAUGUUAAAUUACUUCAAGAUAGCCGCGAACAUCGUGUUCCGGUUCCUCAAAGCAGUCUACGAUCUUAUUUCAUUUAGUGUCUACAUUGUUCAACUCUCCGUUCGUGACUUGAUAUCGACUAUCACGAAUCCCUUCCUUCCCAAUCGUCCAGUCGGGGAUGUUAUACCCCGUGGGUACCCAGGCCAUGGAGGGGUUUGGCCAGAAUUCACGGCUCCUAAGCGAGGAGAAGAUUCCCGCUCGCCUUGUCCAGGACUUAACGCUUUAGCUAAUCAUGGGAUCCUGCCAAAUAAUGGAAAACGUAUUACCUACGCACAAUUAUCGCAUGCAAUCCAACAUGCAUACAACCUUGCACCAACUCUAGCAAGUCAGCUCACCUCUGCAGCUAAGCAGCUGGACCAAGGUCGAGGCUGGAUUGAUCUCCACGAUCUCAACGUCUUGAACGUUGUCCAACAUGACGCUUCUUUUACCCGUCCCGACAUCGCAUUCUGCCCGGACCAAAGCAUCCCGCACACCGACCUGAUUAAUAGAUUACUCGACCACGCGUCAGAUGGGAAACACCUAUCACUGACCGACUUUUCCUACUACUCUGGUCUUCGUCGUGCGGAGUGCAAGCGGAGCAAUGGCCAGUACACACUGUCGGGGAGCUUCAUCCACAAGAUGAUCGGAUCUGGAACCAGCGCCCUCAUGUAUUCAAUCUUCGGUGGUGAUAUCAGAGCACUGCGGGCGUGGCUUGUGGACGAACGAUUCAUGGAUGGUUGGGAGCCGAAGAAUAGGGAAGCUCUCGGUCAUACAAUUGCCCAAGCAUUGACUACCUCUCUUGCCGUUGAGUUUAGUAUCAAUGAGAAGCAAGCGUUGCGGGAAGGAGAUGUCUUUUACCACGAGUGAAACAUGUGUACAGCUGG